AUGUCGGUUGCCGCGAUGCUUCCCAAUUUUGCCAACAAUGACGGUUCCGAUGAUUCACCAGCCAUCCUCGCAGCCUUCAAGGAGUGCCGCAAGAAUCGCCGGAUCAUAUUCUCCAACACGACGUACAACAUUCAGAAGAUGAUGACCACGACUGACCUGGAGAACACCCAGAUCGAGAUCCAUGGGACGUUGCUGUGGAGCAAAGACACCGACUAUUGGCUCAGCAACCCACAGCCGACCGGUUUCCAGAAUGGUUCUGCGGCGUGGUUCCUAGGCGGAAAGAAUGUCACAGUCGAUGGUUUCGGGUACGGGACCUUGGAUGGCAACGGACAGACAUGGUACAACUUAGUCAAGGGCCAGUCCAAUUACCCUGACCGCCCUCAUGCCCUAGCAAUCUGGAAAGCCUCAGACAUGACGGUCAGAAACGUCCGCAUGGUCCAGAGCCAGAUGUGGGCCAUGGCAAUCAUGCACUCACAGAACGUGCUGUUCGACGGCGUCUAUAUCAACAGCACUACAAACAAUGGGUACCCUGCUAGGAACACGGAUGGCGCAGAUACCAUCGACUCGGACCGCAUCACGUUCCGUAACAUGUACAUUCGAAACGGCGACGACGCGAUCGCCAUCAAAGGCAACUCUACCAACAUUCUAAUUGAAGAUUCCACCAUGGAUCACUCCCUGGGUAUAGCCUUUGGAAGUGUUGGCCAGUACAAAGGCGAGUUUGAGCGCGUUGAGAACGUCACUGUGAGGCGUAUCAAGGGUUUGGGAACUCGGCACGGCGCGUAUGUGAAGACGUGGACUGGAGAUCAGGUGUCUUACCCACCGAAUGGAGGUGGAGGCGGUGUCGGAUCCCUCCUCGACUUCGAUCUCACUGCAACACGAGAGGCGCCCUUCCUCAUUGGCCAAUGCACCAGUUUCAGUGGUCAACAAGGUGACUGCGAAAGCAGCACGUUCAAGAUUUCAGACAUGACGAUACGGAACUGGGUAGGCGAUGGCGCGUCUAGCUACGUUGCGGAUAUGAACUGCAGCCAAGGCUCCGGAGGUUGUGAAGACAUCACUAUUGAGGACGUUGACUUGAAAAACACCACAACCGGGGCUGAUGUUACCAAGUACCGAUGCCGAGACGUUGUUUCUGUACAUGAUUUUGAGUGUAGCUGA